CUGUAACGUCAUAAACAUUAACAUAAUGUCAUAUGGAACACAAUUAUCUAUACUCCCUGGUUAAAUGUGGUUGUGAAUGAAGGAGGGACGAGAUUCAAAAAACUAGGGUUGAGACUUGGGUGUCGUUCUGGGAGUUGGGAGAGUGGUCGAAUGGGCUUUUAACACGUAUUGACAAGUCAGUUGGGUCCGGUAUAUCGCGGUCUAGACCAGACCAGACCCAAAAAUAAAAACAUAAAAUAAUACAGACCAUAGACCAGACCAGACCAUACUUAACAAUCUACGGUCCGGACCAAACUGUGCGGUACGGUUUGGACCACGGUUUUUCUAACGGCCUGGUCUAUUUUUUCCCGGCCCUAAAAGAAAGUAGCUAGGAACGAGGAAGUGUCAUUUGGAUGUAAUUGGCGGGAUAGGUAAAAGAUGUCAAUCAAAAUCCCUAGCCUAUCCCUAUUCUUCUUGGUUCUCUGCCGCCUUCCUUUCCCUUCAAUUCUCGUUCCCCUCUCUUGCUCUGGUCAGCCAGUGCCAUUCCCACUGACUCGCCGGAGACUUAACGAGUGAAGUCCGGCCAUCUGAUUAGUCAAUUAGAUGCACAGAGAUAUUAAUUAUUCCGGCCACCGGUGGAGUUAUGUCAACAACACACCAGCAAUUGAGUUCCACGGGCAGCAAGAUCAUCCAUUUCCUGAGCCGUUGCUCUUCCGCCAGUCACCUUCACCAAAUAGAAGCGCAGUUCAUCCUCCAGAGCCUCCACGCCGAUACCAAAAUCGCUUACCACUUCAUCAACGCCGCGGAACGCCUCUCCGUCCUCCGUCCAUCUCUGCCGCUCUUCUUAAUCCAUCUCCCCAAGCCCCAUGUCUUCACUUACAACACUCUCGUCAAGGCCUUCUCGCACUCCAAGGACCCUGACCUCCCACUCUCCUUGUACACCCAUAUGCUGCAGCGUUCUCUACUCCCCAAUAACUACACUUUCCCUUUCCUUCUCAAGUCCUUGUCCGACUUCCGACGCUUCAAGCAAGGUCAGUGUGUGCAUUCUCACCUAGUGAAAUUGGGCCAUCUGAAUGAUAUCUAUGUCCUGAACUCGCUGCUUAAUUUGUAUGCCUCCUGCGGGAGCAUGGACAUGUGUCGCAAAGUGUUCGAUAAAAUGUCCGACAGAGAUGUGGUGUCCUGGACUGUGUUGAUUAAGGGUUACGGAAAAUCUGGCAAGUUCCACGAUGCAUUGAUUGCUUUUGAGAUGAUGCCAUAUGAUGGCGUGGUGCCCAAUCAUGUCACCAUGGUGAACGCGUUGGCUGCUUGUGCUGGUUCAGGGGCUAUCGAAAUGGGAAUCCGGAUACAUGAUUUUAUCACCGCGAGUGGGUGGGAGUUGGAUGUGAUUUUGGGGACUUCUCUGGUCGACAUGUAUCUGAAAUGCGGGAGAAUUGAGGAGGGAACAAGGGUGUUCAGAAGCAUGAAAGACAGGAACCUGUUUACUUGGAAUGUGUUGAUCAAAGGGUUGGGCUUAGCUAAAUGUGGACAAGAAGCUAUAUGGUGGUUUAACAACAUGGAGCAAGAAGGAUUGGGGAUUGAUGAGAUUACUUUGGUGAAUGUGCUUACUGCCUGUAGCCAUUCGGGUUUCGUUGACGUUGGAAAGCAGAUUUUCAAUUCCCUGCUUCAUGGGAAGUAUGGAUUUCCCCCAGGGCUAAAGCAUUAUGCUUGCGUUGUCGACCUCCUAGCUCGUGCAGGGUGCUUGUAUGAGGCUUUAGAAUACAUCAGAGAGAUGCCCUUUGAGCCAACGAAGUCCAUGUGGGGGUCUUUGCUGAAUGCUUGUAAAGAUCAUGGGAAUCUAGAACUUGCCAAGUUCAUAGCUGAAAAGCUUGUGGAAUUGGAGCCUGAAAACAGUGCUUACUAUGUGGUUCUGGCUAACGCGUAUGCAGAGAUGGGAAGAUGGAACGAUGCUGCUGAAAUCAGGAAUAUAAUGAAAGAAAAGGGACUCAAGAAGGAGUCAGGCAGCAGCUUGGUCGAAUCAAAUGCUGGCGCACAGGUUGUGUGCUCUGCUGAUGGAGGAUACUUGGGGUGUUCAUACGGAUAGCAGUAGAAGACCAAAGUUGUUGAGAAGCACCUCGAGGAAUCUUCCAGUACCAAACCCAUAGGUUCUGAAAGGUGUGGGCUGGUUCCAUUCCUUUCCCUGGGGCUUAUGUUUUGUGAAAUCUCCGAUCUAUGCUUGCUGCGGUCCCACGUUCACAGCCGCACUCAGGUUUUUGUUUGUUCUGCUGGGUUGGGGAAGAUCAGUUAAUAUGGAUACUUGGUUUAUUUUGGCGAGUAUCAAAAGGAAAUUAGGUUUAGGUGGCCUGGUUAUAAACUUUGAUAACUGCUGCAGUGAUCCAUUAUUUAUACAUACUAGUUUUUACCCGAAGCAUUGGUGGGAUGAAUUCAAUCUUAUUUGUCUACCGCUUUAUGAUAAUCAAUUUAUUUAGAUUUUCAAAUGAUUUGGGGCAUACUCAAUAGUUUAUAAAGAGUCGAAAGUAAUCUUUGUACUACUUGAUAAUGGUGAUAUUAAUAAUAAUUAGUUCAUAUGUAUUUUUGUUGAUCGGGUUAUCCUAAGUUACUAUUGUCUAUUUAUAUUUCAUAUUAGAAAAAUUUGCACCACUUAUUGUAUACAUAAAUUGCGUAUAAGUAUUUCUUCAUAUCUGUAUUAUUUACUUUGUUCUCUAUUGAAUCCAAAUGGAACUAAAACAAUUAUGCAUUGAAAUAGUAAUUUAUGAACUUCAAGUGAUUAGCCUAUUGCUAAUAUAGAAGCAUUAAAUUCAUCAUCUAAUGAGUUCAAACUUAAUGAUAAAAAAUCAUCUAAAACUAUAAUAGUUAAGAAGUAAGAACACAUAAAUUAUUAAUACUAAUGAGCUAGUUGAGUUGAAAGGACUAUUGACAAAUCCAAAACUGUUGGGUAUGGAUUAAUAUGCCUACACGACUAUAAACGGGCCCAAGCCCACCGCAAGGCGUCAUGGGCCCAAGCCCACUCAAGGAAGCCCAAACCCUAUAUAAGGAGGCCUAACCCUCCAAACUAAAGGAUCCUCUCUUCCCUUCCCACACUCUUACCCUAAGGUCUCUCUCUAAACUCUCUCUCUAUAUACCAUAAACCGCUUCCUAUAUCGUACUAACUUGGGCGUCGGAGCGUAGAUCCCGGGGGCCGCCCCCCGCCUCACAGGUUCUUCCACUCCCGAGGAGAUCAGAUGAGGGAGUCCAGAUCGGAGCCCCAUAACCGCCUAGUACAUUCUAGGCUCAAGCAAUUUGGCGCCCACCUUGGGGCACUGAUUUGGAUAUCCUGAUGUUUGAUCUCCGAAGGGGGAAGAAAUCGGUCCCUCCUCCACCAAAUUACAAUCGAUGGCAUCGUCUGCCAAAACCUUCCAAGAACCGCCAAGGAGCAAAAGAAAAACGAUGAACAUCAAGAAAGAGAAGAGAGCAGGAGAUUUAUACAAACCAAAAAUCAUUGAAGCAUGGAGAAAAGAAAAGAGGAAGGAAAUCAGCUCUUCCUCAACCAUCUACAAGCAACAACAGCGACAAAAUCCGACCAAAGCCGCUCGAGCAAAAGAAAAGCGCUCAGAUCUACAUUUUCUUGGAAAUAGAUUCUUUCCUCACCAACCACACAAGUAUUAGCAGCAAGCAUCAAGGGAGAUCUUGACUUCGUUCCUGCUCCACACCACAAAGACAAAUCUAGAAGAAGCCAAAAGCAAAAGAAGAGAAAGAAUAGACAUAUUCAGCUUCGGUCAGUUGACCACCAUCCCAUCUCCGCCAACUCAACCCGCGCCUUCACAAGUUUCCGCCAAGACAAGUUUCCGCCAAGUCACUCACCUCCGCAAACAAAGCUUGUCCAUGCCG